AAAAAGUGCAGAGAGAGAGAGGAGCAGAAUUUGAACAGUAGUAGUGGAUCUCUUAAAAAUGGCUGGGCCAUCAACGUCGCUGCCGGGGAUGGCGGUUACCGACCAGCAACUCGCGGAGGCCCUCGACUCUCUUCUCCGCGGUGCCAACUCUUUCACCUCCCUCAACGGCGUCGUUCAGCAGCUCGAAUCCAAUUUGGGCGUCCAUCUGGGCCACAAACUCGACUUCAUUCGCACCCAGAUCCACCAUUACCUCAUCCUCCGCUCUCAGCCCCACCAGAAUUUCAUGCCCCACCAGCCGCACAAGGACCUCUUUACCCUCCCCAAUUUCCAUCCCGCUUCUUCCCCAAACUUCGCCGCGCACCUCCCCGCAGACGGUUACGGCUUCCGCCCAACGCUGCCGACCCCGUCUCAGCCUCCGCCUCCGCCUCCACCUCCUCCUGCGCCUGCGUCGGCGGCCGCGGUGGCGGUGGCGAGCAUCCCCAGUGUCACCGCCAAUGUCAAAGAAAGUGCUCCAUCAGGGAGAAAGAGGAGAGGUGGUCCAGGAGGGUUAAAUAAACUGUGCUGUGUUUCUCCAUUGCUUCAAACCAUUGUGGGCCAGCCAACCUUGCCAAGGACUGAGAUUGUGAGACAGUUGUGGGCUUACAUAAGAAAAAACAAUCUGCAAGACCCGAGCAAUAAAAGGAAGAUAAUUUGCAAUGACGAGCUCCGCCUAGUGUUUGAGACUGAUCGCACUGACAUGUUCCAGAUGAAUAAAUUGCUAGCUAAACAUAUAACAGCCCUUGAUCCUACAAAACAGGCAGAUCAAUGUACUAAGAAACCAAAGGUUGAUGUUGAAUCUGGGAGUCAAAGUGAUGACCCUUUUCCAAUUGUGGUGAUAUCUGAUGCACUUGCCAGCUUCUUUGGAACCGAUGAGAAGGAGAUGUCACAAUCAGAAGUUUUAAGACAAAUCUGGGAAUACAUAAAGGUUAACCAACUUGAGGAUCCUUCGAAUUUGACAGCCAUCUUAUGUGAUGAGAAAUUACAAGAGCUUCUUGGUUGCGAGAGCAUUUCAGCAUUAGGUAUACCUGAGAUGCUGGCACAACGCCACUUAUCCAAGAAAUCAUAGCCGAUUUGCUGAUUGGUUAGUGAAAGGUAAAUGAUGCUAAUGCUAACUUAGUGUGUUUCAACUUCAUCUGGAAAAAGGUUUCUUUUGGCUUCUACUUCCAGUCGUUUAGGGUUUUAUUACGACAUUGGGUGCUAGAAAGUGAUGAGGUAGGUAAUUAAUUAUGGGAUAAACUGCUCUCUUUGGCUAACUGCUAAACCUUUACUUUUUACAUGUAUUUGCAUAUGAAACAUUUCUAUGCUGGGUGGCUUUUCCAGCUUUUCCAAUGCAUUGUAAUAUUCUGAUACUUAGGAGAUAACAUGCUUGAAAGAGUUAAAGGUUGUAAUUUGUAGGAUGGAGUCACGAAAUACUAACUUCUAUCUUAAUAUAGCUGCAAAAGCAGUGUGCUUGUUAACUUAUUUUAAA